UGCACCGCACCAAUUAAUGGAGUCAACCACUCGCGCUCUCCGACGCAUGAUUGAUCGAUCUCCAGUUGAUCUGAUUACUCGCUAGCCCGUCGCGUGCUUCUUCGUCUCGACCGAUCGAGAUCGAGACAUGAAGUCGAAGACAACCCUCCUCCUCCUCCUGCUUGCCGCGGCGCUCAACACGGCCUUCUUCUUCUUCCUCCUCCUCUUCUGCAACUCGAUGUGGGGGCCGUUAACGCAAGACCCAAACGGGCGCCCAAAUCCAAUGCCAGAGCAGCGGCGCCUACCGCCGCAGGACGAUCUCGCGGAUCUGCUCCGGCGAGCGGCGACGGAGGACGGGACGGUGCUGAUGACGACUCUGAACUCGGCGUGGGCGGCGCCACCGGGGUCAUCAUUCUUCGAGCUGUUCCUGGAGGGCUUCAAGCAGGGCGAAGGCACGGCGUACCUGGUGAAGCACCUGCUGGUGGUGGCCAUGGACGGGAAGGCCUUGGACCGCUGCAACGCCGUGCACCCCUUCUGCUACCGGUUCAGGGCAGCCGGCGGCGGCGGCGACAACAGGGAGGAGGACUACUUCGCCGCCGAGCAGAGGUCCAUGAAGGGUGCCUACCUCGAGAUGAUGUGGCAGAGGAACAGGCUUCAGCUCACCGUCCUCCAGCUCGGAUACAACUUCCUCUUCACCGACAUGGACAUCCUGUGGUUCCGGGACCCGUUCCCGCACAUACCCCCGACGGCGCAGCUGGUGAUGUCAUCAGACAUCUUCGUCGGCGACCCCGACUCACCGCGGAACUACCCCAACGGCGGCCUCCUCUACGCGAGAUCCUGCGACGGCGCCAUCGGCUUCUACGAGCACUGGCGGUCGUCGCGGGCACGGUUCCCGGGCACGCACGAGCAGUACGUGUUCGACAAGAUCGUCAAGGAAGGCGUGCCCCCUCGCCUCGGCGCCAGGGUGCAGUUCCUCGACACGGACCGCUUCGGCGGGUUCUGCCGCCACGGCAAUGACCUGGGAAAGGUCUGCAGCAUGCACGCCAACUGCUGUGUGGGGAUGGAGAAGAAGAUGUUUGAUCUCAAGAAUGUGCUCCAGGACUGGAAGGCUUACAAGCUGAAUAAUAACACGGGAUCCUGGAGGGUGCCCGGGAGGUGCAUACAUUAGGAUUAGGGUAGUUAGCUGACGGAUAGGGAGGCGUUGGCCUGUCCAUGAAAUUGAUCGUUUUAUGCAGAAGGUGAAUAUUGACUGACUUCAUUCUAAUUUUGAUCUGGGCCCAGACUGAGUAUAUAUGCCGUAGCUCCGCUAAGUUUCCUGACAAUAUGUUCUUCAGUUACUUGGCUCUAGCGUCUAGAAGUUUGGCUAAAUUCGUCUCCCCUGUAAUGUAAUACAGUGAUCAUCUGAAAAAUCGACUAGCAGCGAUUUCUGUUUAACGCCCGUCGACAUUAUUGGCA